AUGCAAGCCGCCCCUGGACAACGUUUGUUGUGUCACUUCCAGGCUCCGUCGACGUUGUGUGGACCGUCCGUCGAGGAGGAAGUGGUCGCCGCUCAUGCCGCGCCUCAGUCGAGCAUCAACCACCUAUUCGUCAACCGCCCUGACCGCCAGGGCGGGAUCCCCCGAUGUCGCUCAACUUUCCAAGAAGGCCCUCGUGAGGAUUCCAGCGAACACGUCUCGCAGUUACACGACAUGUCGUUCCGUCCGCGCAGAAAGCGGGGUCCCAGCCUCCCACCAGUCGUUGAGACAUCGGCCCGGGUCUACUGUCACCUCAACUGGAUGUCCACCGCGUCCGUCGACGAGACACCAGGCCACCGCGGAAGCAGCUUCCUGGUGAGGUGA